AUGUUUUAUGGGAAAUGGAUUGAACCAAGUAUUCUGUUUCUAUUGUUUAGCAUUCGUUUAAGUUUGAGCAUAAGUUAUGAUGAUGUCGUGGGGAUAGAAUACAAACAGAACCCAGCUCCAGACGGUCACAGAUGCGGCAUCUGUCCUACAUAUUUCCAAAAGAUUUGUGCCUUCAACUUCGACACUAACGCCACCUACAUCUUCGACAACCACUGUAUAAUGGACCUGUACAACUGCAUACAUGGAGCCGAAUUUAUCCCCAUGAAGUAUGAGAAUUGCUUGCUCUUCGGCAACUUUGCUUACGUGCAUGGCACCAAAAAAGAAGAUUAUGAUUACGAAGAAGACCACAUUGCGAUUAUUAACUCAAAAAAGAAUCCAGAUUUUGUUUGA